AUGGCUACCAAGGUGGUCCCCAUGCCCCCCAAGCCAAAGCAGUCCUUUAUAUUGAAAGUUCCUCCAAAUUCCAAGCUGGGCCAAGACCUACUUCGAGAUGCCAAGAGUGGGUCCAAGACCAUCCACCAACUGGUACUGGAGCAUUUCCUCACUUUCUUGCCUAAGCCAGCAGUGAUCCAGCCUAUUCAGAAAGCCAAGGAGACCUUGGUUAUUUUGAAGGAUGUGAACUCAAGCCUUCAGAAUAGAGUGUAUCCUCGUCCGUUAGUUAAACUCCUAUCUAGAAAAGGAGCCCCACAGAAACAGGAGAGAAUGACUCUAUGUUGGAAACCUGAACCUCAGGAGCCGGUGGUCUUUGAGGAUUUGAGUGUAUUUCACUCCCAAGAAGAAUGUAUAAGCCUGGAUCCUUCUCAACAGCCUACCUCAGAAAAGGAAGAUUCUGGUGUUGGGGAGAUGAUGCUUCUUGCUGUCAGUGAUAGUAAUUAUGAAGGUGAAAGUCAUCACAAGGAACCUGCAGAGAAUGAAGAGCAGAAAGAACAGUUCUCAGGGUGUGAUGACAUGGAUUGUUUGACAGACUCUGUACUCACUCCAGAUUGGUGUAAAGAAGAAAGACUUCCUGCAUCCAUUCCACAUGAAAGAAAACUGAGGAAUCUUCUAGUUACCAUUGAAAAUGAUACUCCCCUAGAGGAACUCUCAAAAUAUGUGGACAUCAAUGUUAUUGCACUUACUCGAAAUAGGAGAACACGAAGAUGGUACACCUGUCCACUAUGUGGGAAACAGUUUAAUGAAAGUUCAUACCUUAUUUCCCAUCAGAGGACUCACACUGGAGAAAAACCCUAUGACUGCAGUCACUGUGGGAAAAGCUUCAACCAUAAAACAAACCUUAAUAAACAUGAACGAAUCCAUACAGGAGAGAAACCUUAUUCAUGUUCUCAGUGUGGAAAAAAUUUUCGUCAGAAUUCUCAUCGGAGUCGCCAUGAAGGGAUCCACAUAAGGGAGAAGAUAUUCAAGUGUCCAGAAUGUGGGAAAACCUUCUCAGGGAAUGACGAAUUUAUACUUCAUUUACAGAGUCAUGAGGCUGAGAGGCCAUACAGUUGCAAAAAAUGUGGAAGAAGAUUUAGUCGGAUGUCAAAUUGUACCCGGCAUGAGAAAACCCACUCGGUAUGUAAGAUGCGAAAGCAGAAAUGGAACUGGGAAAAGUCUCAUGGUCCUGCUUCUACCUAA